UGCACAGAAGUCUGUACAACACUUGUGGUGCUGUUUGGGUAGGCAGAUCUUAACUAUGUUCAAUAUUGAAGGGGAUAUGACUUAAUUUUGUGCAUUUAUUGCUAAUUAAAUCCACAGGAAACAAUGUUUGAGCUGCCAAAUGUGUUCGCAUGGAUCUGCCCUUUCCAGUUUUCCCAAGGCCAAGAUAACUGCAUGUAAAUCUUUUCGGAUCCUCCUUGUCAGUCAGCUGAGCAGGGGAGAUAGACAGAGGCAGAGAGGCUUCUUGCAUUUCAAACUGUGCACAGGGUGAACUACCUGUUUGACUGAGGCUCUGGGCCUGAAGCUGCACUUUGCUUCAUUGCAAGUGAUCUCCACCUGCGACUCAGACCUAAUCCUUGCAACGUUCUGACCGCCCACUUAGGUUCAUGGUUGCUAUGCAACGCUGUUUGUUCUGUACCUGUUCCUGUUUACUUUAACUUCACGGAACGUCUGACUGCGUUUUGUAAAAGCUCUGGCCCACAGCGCUAGUGGCAUGUGGCAGGACAUCAGGCUCGGUGGUCAGCUGCUGGGCUUCCCGCCUCUGGCCCGCAUGAAAUGAGAUGAAGGAGAACCUCAAGGGGACCAAAGUUGGCAAGCAGCAAGAACAAAUGCUAGUGGAGUGUGCAGCUGCAGAGCCUGCUGGGACGUUCGAGAACAGCUUGAGCUCAAAGCAGUGGGAAGACGGGACAAAGACUCACCGGUCUCCCGGGGAAAGUGGUAUCGAGCAGCUCACGGGCGUGAGUGGCAAUGUUACAGAAGCCUUUCUUCAGUCCAGUCUGAACUUGCCCCUGGAGGAAGCCUGUUUCGUAAAGAGCACCGGGGGAGGUGCUCAGUCCGCAGGAGGCUGGGUCCUGGGCAAUAAUCCCUUCUGCCACUUGUUCGAUGGCAACAGACUGGAGGCUGCUCGUCUUCACGGUUACAGUGUGAAGCUGGACUGGACGGAGGCGGAGACAGAGGAAGGUCACCCUUCCCUCGACACUCUGCAGCUCAAGAACAAACUCAAACGCAGGAUGUCGGAAAUCCUGCUGCGGAAGAGUCCGCUUGAGACCAUACUCCCACUGAAGCCAGCUCUGGCUCGCUCUACCUCACAGAAACUACUGAACGCCACCAGACCCGUCCCUCCCAUAGAGAGGAGCUCUGUCUCAAAAACUCAGGAUGCCCACGACAAGGAGCCGUCCUCUGAGGGCAAGAGCCCAGAAGCUACUGCUCGUGAAUCGCCUGGAAGACCAUGUUGGGAACCCAGUGAGGGACUUGCGGAACCUGCUGUGGUCCCAGAGGAGGUGAAGAUCUCCCUUCAACACCUGCGGAGCAGUGCUGAGAAGAAGCGGAAAUUACUCGGUGCCAGCUUAUUUCAGUCUUCAUUUAAAUUGCCAAGUACAUCGGAGGGCAGCUUCCAACCUCUGCCUUCUGGACCUGUGCAGCCAGAAGCCCCAUCACAGACAACAGCCUCCUUUGAACGAGACACGGUUGUACAAGGGCUGAGCUCAGGUUCUGAAGAGCGAGAGUCUCAGGCUCCAGCUGACGGUGAAGAUGUCUCCGCCUUCGGACUGAAAGGGAAGAGGAAGAGCAGGAGCUGUGUGAAUCCGGCCCCGCUGACUGAAGCGGAGAAACCCCCCCUUCCAACGGCAACCAACCAGAGCACAGCAGGGCACAGUCUGAUCCAGAGUCCACCAUCAUUGGCAGAGAAGGUCAAAGGUAAAAGGUCAUUGGCCAGCCAGACCACGGACAUCUCAUUCAGGUUGAGCACGGAGAUGGGUCCAGACGUAAGCAGGCGGGAGUCGGUGGAGGGUGAGGAAGCAGAGACUGAAGAGAGGCCACCUGACUCGUCACAGCUCUGCCACAUGACGAUCUCAAAGUCAGCGCAGGAGAAGAUGCGGCAGAGACGAAGGAAGGAGGCAGAGCAGCAACAGCUGCAGAAGGAGCGGGAGCUGACGCGACAGCUGAGGGAGCGGCUGCAGGACAUCGACCCCUACAGUGCCUCACUCCCGGUUCAGGAAUUACUGAACACCAGGGAGUUCAACAACCUCAGCCUCAGUUCCCCGGGUCUCAAUCAUGGAACUUCCCUCCGCAAACGGAUCAACCGUCCCUCGCUGCCAAGUAUUCCAAAUAUAUCCCAGACGUACAACGUGCCUCGACAUUUCUCUGCUCACUCGUUACCUGACUUUCCCCUGGAUUCUCCAGAAGGAGAGAAGGAAUCGGACGAGGAAGAACCAUUGGAGAUAAGCUUGUUCUCCCGUCAGGAGCAAGGACUGACCGAGGCACUGAAACUCCUAGCUAACAGCGACUGGGAGAUGAAGAGGCAGGGGUUGUCCAGUGUUCGCCACUUGGCCCGAUUCCACCAGGAGAUUCUCAUAACGAGGCUUCAUGCUGUCUGCUUGGCAGUGAUGAAGGAGGUUAAUAACUUGCGGUCCAAGGUUGCCCGCUUAGCGAUACUGACUCUUGGGGAGCUCUUCUCCCAGCUAAAGAGAAACAUGGACCAGGAGGUGGAAGAGGUGGCCAGAAUCCUGCUGCACAAGACCGGCGACUCCAACGAGUUCAUCCGUGCAGAGGCUGUCAAGGCGCUGGGCAUCAUGACGCAAAGCGUGAGCCCAUCCCGGGCACUGAGCGCCCUCAUUGCAGGUGGCUUAAAUCACCGCAACACCACGGUUCGGAAGUGCACCGCCGGGAACCUCCUGCGUGUGGUAGACCACCUCGGAGCUGAGAGACUGCUGUCGGGGAACAAGCACAGCAUGGACCAGCUUGUGCAGUCUGUGGUGAAGUUCUCACAGGACAGGAAUCAGGAAACAAGGUUCUAUGGGCGGAAGGUGCUGGACGUGUUGGUGCCCCACCCAGAGUUUGGGAGGUAUCUGGAACGCUCCCUUAUGUCCCAGGAUCUGCACCAUAUUAUCACAGCCAUAAAACAGAGGGGACUUCGAGAUGCUUCUUCAGAUCUUCACUCACCAAAGGGUUGGAGGUCAAGGGUCAACAGCUCCUCAAGUUCUCAGGAAGAUGUGUUUAUCACUGGCAGGACAGAGCAGGACACACCACGGCAGCCGAGGUUGGUGUCUCACCAGCCGAGCUUGCGCAGCGCGGAAACGGUGGAGCAGGUGAAGCAGCUGAGCAAGAUGUUGACCGCCAAGGACUUCCAGGAGAGAAUGCAAGGCACUUCACUGCUGCUGCAGCACUGUGAGACCAACCCGAGGUUCGUCACCUCCAACAUAGUGGAUAUUUUUGAUGCCUUCACCCCACAGCUCCAGGAUUCCAAUAAGAAGGUGAACCAGUUUGCCCUGCAGUCUUUGGUAACCAUGAUCCCAGUGCUGAAGGACGACCUUCACCGGGUCCUGCAGUCGACGGUCACUAUUGUCACUGACAACUUAAACUCGAAGAACGUGGGCAUUUACACGGCGGCCGUGCACGUCCUGGAUACGCUGAUUGAUCACAUAGACAACUUGCUGCUGCUUCAGCCCUUCGCCAGCAGAGUGCAGUUCAUCAGUGGCCGGGCAAGGCAGGACAUCACAGAGCGACUUGCAGUCCUGGUGCUGUCGGUGUAUCAGCGGAAGCCUCAAGCAGUGGAGAGGUACGUUCUACCCGUGCUCUGGUACCUGCUGGGCAACAUGACCGGGAACGGUGUGAUUAAAGGUGGGAGUGGCAACAUGCGGGCGGUGACUGCCAAGCUGGCUACCAGUCUGCGCCAACAGAUGGGCACCGGACUCCAGGAAUAUGCACAAAGUCAGCCAGUGCAUGUCAUCAAGACCCUUCAGGAUCUUACAGAGAAGGAACUUUAACCACGGCAGGACCCUCGUACUGGAGUCUCCAGGUUCUAGAUUCAUCUGCAAGCAGCAAUCAGAUGUGCUCAUUUAUAAUGAACCUUCCUUUCCCUUAACAUUGAUUUUUGUUUAUUAUUUUUGAACAUGCCACAGAUGGUUUGGAGAAAGAAAGUGAGCUUACUGACAGCUGAGGCAGCCAACAGCAACGAGAGCCUGAUCAUUCUUCAGUAGCGUGUGAUGGGAUCCAGUCAUGGAUGAGCUGCAGUGGCCAAUGGGGGCUGCUGGAGGUGGACAGUCAGGUGAUGGGUCCCCUACAAACUUGUCAAACUGGAGCUGACAGGCAUGCUGGAGGACACGCUGUCCCAACACACCUUCACCACCCACUUCCCACUCCACCUCACACAUACAGAUCAUCGCCAUGCAUCCGUCAACACACCUGUGCAUGUGAACCAGCGCGCGCACACACACACCUCUCUUUACACAGCCCAAAUAACCACACUUUUAUUAUCAAUGCACUGUAUUAAUUCUGUCUAACAAGUGCUUGCAUUCAAAUGGUACCUGAAUUUGGUCAGAAUACUUACCACAAAAAAAACUUACAUAAGAGUCACUUUGCUAGUUUGCCCAAAAUUACAUUGUGAUCAAUGAAUCGCAUCUGCAAUAUUGGGUUGUAACUCUGCCAAACUGAGAUAUAGGUCCACAGGUUACAAUGCAGGAUUGGUAGAAUGCCCUCAGAACUUCAGGGUGACCUGAAAUAAUAUCUGGUAAAAUAUUACCUAAGUAGCUUAGAAGUUAAGGGGUAAAGAACUAACAAAAGAAAAAAUUAACUGUUUACUCAGUUGUAUUUCACAUCAGUUUAGUUUAUGUAUUGAAGUCUCUGCAGUGUUUUCUCUGACUCAAUGAUGACAUUAGAGUGACAUGCACUCAACCAAAGGGCCUUCUACAUUAGCCCAUCUUAAGACUCUGUAUAGGAACAAAAGCAGGAACACUGGCUUUAUUUCUCCACUGAAACAGACUGGUUAAAAAAUUUCCUUUGUAUCUCAUGAAUAUCAAGGCCGUUAAGUUCCUCCAUUCAGAAGAUUUCAUUAUACAGUAGAAAUGAAAUCGUCUCCCAUAAUGGGUUUCCUUUCAGAGGCUCCACUGUCAAUCCAGGACUUCCUGCUACUAUAAAGCAAGAUGUAUAACUGAUGUUAUGUCUUGUUUUUUUUGUCAGAGAGA